CGCAUAUGAAAUCCAUACAGCUCAGAAAUGCCCCCGGUCAUCGCAGGAUUCGACGGCCCUGAACUCUAUCCCCAGCUGACCGACUGCUCUAUGUCUACGUGGUUGGUGAGAUGAGUCGCAUGCAGAAGGGCCGCAUACUCUCACCACCCCUGAAAAGGCCAAGCGAAGACACCACCGACUCGGAAAAUCCCAACAAUUGCAAUCCCCCGGAUAUUGAAAAAUAUCAGCCCUACGUGGGCCAUGCGCAUCUUGAUGAUGACAAUGAUGACAGUGAUGAUUGGGAGACCCUGAGCAGUAGUGGCUCGAGUGAUAGACGCUCCGUGGCGAUACUUUGUGCAGCGUGUUAUGGCGCGUUUGCCAUAUUGUCCUUUUUUUCUGCCGCUUAUUAUUUUUGGUGUUUGAUGCCUUAUGAACCUUCCGACAGCAAUCCGUUCCCAAAGCGUCAGUGAAGUACAAAUUUACCUGCCCAGCUUUAUGGCAGAAGGUACAUAAUUCCGCGAUGCCUCGAGAUGUUAUGCCCGUGUAGCGACACCCGAAAUUCUAUACUUCCUGGGGGAAAAUAAAAGCCU